GCACUUGCUAUGAAGUUUACUACUUCAAUACUCACAUGGUAUCUCUAUGUUUAAUUCUCCAUCCAUCCUCCCGGCCGGCCAGCUCGAAAUCACCAAUAUAUAUGGCACAGACCGCGCCCUCAAUCCUUCGUCUCCCGCGUCGACGACCAACUAGCGAGCCGGCGGCGGCAGCAAGCUCCUCCUCUCCACCAUGUGCUGCCACGGCAGCUGCAUCGUCAAGUGCUGCUGCAACUUGCUCGUGGUGCUCGUAUCCGCCGGCUUCUUCGUGCUCAUCUACUGGGCCAUCUUCCAGCCCCACCAGAUUCGCGCCACCGUCGACUCCGCCACCCUCUCCAACCUCACCGUCUCCAACGCCUCCUCCGCCGCAGAGGUCUCCUACAACCUCGCCGUCACCCUCAGCCUCUACAACCCCAGCGUCCGCGUCGGCAUCUACUACGACGCCAUCCACGCCGAGCUCCGCUUCCGCGACGACGCCGUCCUCGGCCCGGCCGCCAACGGCACCUCCCCGCCCGAGUUCUACCAGCGGAGGAAGACCAGCGACGACGUCAGGCUCGAGUUCGACUACGGCCGGGGCGUCGCCGUCGGGAGCGACGCCGCCGGAGAGCUCGAGACCGGGAUCAGGAGCGGGGGCGCGGUGAGCCUGGAGCUCCACGUGCACCUGCGGGUGAGAUACAAGUUCUUCAGGCUUGUCAAGCUGCGGCUGAAGCCGGAGGUCCGGUGCUCGCUGAGCAUCCCGGUCAAGGCGGAGGGCCGGGGCCCCGGCGUCGGCGGCGCUGCGGCCUCCGGCGACCGGUGCAGGGUCAACUACUGAUGAAUAAUGCAGCUGGUUGAGUGGAUCGUUCUUUUGUUUUUUCUGCGAAUAAAUGUUAGUUGAGCUUGAGCCCCAGAGAUUGUUUAUUGUUAUUGUUCAGGAGUGAGGGACAGUGACGCCAUUAUUUUGAGCCAUCAAUCUACUAUUGGAUUAUCCAUUCAAUUGGGAGCUGUAACAGUAACGAAUCCCUUGAACGUUUGCCGCGUGCAGGUCUCUGUUCGUUGAGCAACUUCUGCUUACGGAAAGAACGAGGUUGCUUCUGAA